CCGUUGCACAACUUUGCCGACACAUAAAAGCAGCCGCAGGACGUUGUGAUUCACAACUCGGGAGACGAAGAGGAUCAGAAAACAAUCUGCCUGACUUCAACAUGUGUUGAUGUGUUGUCCAACAGAGAUGGAAAGAAAACUGGAGAAACUGGAGGAGAAGCUGAAGGAGCUGGAAGACAAGAUGAAACCAUCAGUGGCGUUCAGCGUCGCAGCGGAAGACGGCAGAGUCGCCGGAGACCUCGGCGACAACACGACUCUGAGGUUCAACACCGUGAUGUUAAACGUGGGCGACGCCUACAAUCUGUCGACAGGCGUCUUCACCGCCCCCGUUGACGGGCUGUAUUAUUUCACCUUCUUCUACCGAACUCCAGGAGGUCAAAGGGAAAAAAACAGGUCCGGUCCGAUUUUGUACAAGAACGACCAGGAGCUUGUGAAGAUCUCCGGUGGCCAGGCCUGUAAUGACGGAACGGAGUCUGCAGAGAACGCGGUGAUCCUGCAGCUGAGGGCAGACGACGAGGUGUGUCUGGCGCCGCCUGGAGGUUAUGUGACCUGGGCAGCAGGUCGCCGAGUCACCUUCAGUGGGUUUCUGCUCGCCUUCUGCAAAAUGUGAGACGAGGCCAAGAAGCUGAGCCCAGCGCUGCAGGACCAGUGAACCAGGCCGCCGCUGUCAUGUUCCUGUUCCUGUUCAACCAGAAUAAACCAUCGUGUUCAGUGAAA